AUGAUUUCUUCUUCUUUUUUCAGUGCCGCGUUGGCUAUUUUGGCCUUCAAUGGCGUACAAGCUGGACCAUGUCGUCCGACGACUGUUGUGACCACUGAAGCAUCACUCACUGAGACCACUCUCACCACCAAAGGAGAGACCACGACUGCGAUCUCCACAACUGAGCUUUCUGUCGCUACCACCGAAACAACCACCGACGAGGACAUCUCAACUGGUACUACUGAGAUCUCUGUUACUACUACACAAGUCACCACCAUCUUUGAAGAUGCGUCUUCUACCCUCACCACGGAUGGGAAGACUACAACUGAGCUCCCCACUACAACUACUUCCACCUUCUCUGAAGACGUCUCUUCGACUGAAACUUCGGCCCAAGACACCACUACCAUGUUGAUCACCACCACGAUGCAAACUCUUCAAUCCACUACAACUUCCGCCUUGACUACGACAACUAGUCCAGCUUUUGAAGGGGGGGCAUGCUCUGACAGGAACGACUGUCUUUUGUCCCUCAAUCCGGUGUGUGCGUUGGGACUCUGCAACUGUAUUGACGCGAUCUGUACCCCUCCAUCUGACACCACGACCUGUACGCUGAGCUCGCAGUGCGGUGCGGGACAAGAUUGCCAGAUGGGGCCUUGUAUACUUGCUCGUGCCCGAAUGGUUUCUGCUCUUUAG